AACCGCACCUAUGUAGCAGCUAUUGUUGACAUCAUUCAAUUUAUAGCUUUAAACCAGCUGCCUUUUCGUGGCUCAGAUGAUGCUUUGGAUGCAAGAGGUGAGGUGGGCAGUGGCAUUUUUCUUGCAUUGAUGGACUACACCCUUAAAAAGGACAAGGACCUUGCUAGGAUUUUUAGCACCAUCCCUGCGAAUGCCACAUACACAUCACAUCACAUCCAAAAUGAAAUUAUUGAAAUCAUGAGUACAAUCAUCACAGAGGAAAUAGUGAAAGAUAUAGGAGAGGCUUGGUACACAUUAAAGGUUGAUGGCACCAAAGAUCCCACUGGCUGCGAAAAUAUAUCCAUAGUGCUUCGCUACGUGGACACGAGCAACACUGUAAGGGAGCGACUUGUCUCAAUGGCCACUACCAAACAAUGUGAUGCCAAGUCUCUGACUCAGCUGGUUUUGGCACAGUUGAGAGACAUUGGGCUAAAUACAGCGAAGGUGCUCAGUCAGUGUUACGAUGGGGCAAGUGUCAUGUCUGGAGUACACGGAGGGAUGCAGAAAAUCGUGCAGGAAGAAUUGCAGAGAGAGGUGCCAUACGUACACUGCUUUAAUCAUCAGUUGCAUUUGGUUGUGGUGCACGCCAUGUCUUCUGAUUUCGCACUGGAAAACUUUUUCAGUGUAUGCACUUCACUCUACAAGUACUUCAAGAAACCUACAGUGGCUGCAGUGUACACGGGCGAGAAGUUGAAGAGGUUGCUUGAGCAACGGUGGACAGGCCACCUGGCCACAGUGACGGUGAUCCUGAAAUCAAUUGACAACAUUGUCCACUUGCUUCGUGGGAUCGAAGGCUCCCAAACCAGUGCAGCAGAGGUGCGAAUGGAGGCCACAGGGCUUUUGAAGGCCAUUACCCAGCCCAGCUUCCUGUUCAUUGCCUGCAUGACGCAUCAAAUAUUGAGUUUGCUUGAUCCUCCCAACACUGCACUCCAAGCCAAAUCCACAGACCUCUACACUGGUGUCAGACUGGUCCAAAGUGCCUUGGCGUGUGUUGAGAAGCUGAGAUGUGAUACUCAGUUUGACACAUUUUGGGAGAAAUUCUCUCAAGACAGACAGACCUCAGAACCUCCUGCAGCAGCACCCCCACAGAAACGACCAAGAAAUUUGAGCCACUUGAGUGACUAUGUGGUGGACACCACAGUUGGUCACCGUCAAAAGGAAGCGGAAGAGAGGACUGGGUGUAAAAGACUGUAUUUCAGUACUUUGGAUGCUGUAGUGGGAGAGAUUAAAGCAAGAUUCAGCGUAAGAAACAGCCAACUGGUGCAGGCCCUGUGCACCUUACACCCAGGGAGUGAAGAUUUCCUGAACACAAACAAAGUGAGACCACUGCUUGACCUAACAGGCACAGAGAUGAAGGAAGCUGAGUUUGCUGUAGCACAGCAGUUUCUGCAGGACGAAAUGGCCAAAUCAAAUGACAACUGGACUACACAGGACAUUUUGAUACGAUACUGUGAGCCUCUAGCAGCCAUGCCUACUGUGCUAAAAACACUCAAGCUGAGCCUUACCUUCGGUGCAUCAACUGCAACAUGUGAAAAUUCAUUUAACUCUCAAAAAUGUGUUCAGUGAACACAGAAGGAGCAUGCUCCACAAAAGAAAAGCCUGUCUCAUCCAGAUUGCUGUGGAGAAGGACCUCACCAAGAAGUUAACUGGAGAGUGGAAAGAGACGCUGCUAAGAAGAUUCAGCACAGCUUCAAGGAGGCUGCAGCUCUUCUGAGGGAUCCUGUGCCCCCUGGUGGAUCAAGUGUGCCCCUGUCUUGGAACCUGGGACAGUUUGAGA